AUGAGUUACAACUAUUUGAGAUCUGCUAGAAAGGUUAUUUGCAUUGGCCGUAAUUUUGCUGCCCAUAUCAAAGAACUUGAGAAUCCAACUCCCAAGCAGCCGUUCUUCUUCUUGAAGCCUACUUCAGCCAUUAUCACACCAAUUGAUGCAAACAAUGAACGCAAGGUUUUACCCAAAGAUUCGAGUUAUCAUGGUUUGAAUGAUGAUGGAACUAAUCCUUCUCCUAUCUACAUUCCAAAGGGAGUUAUUGUCCAUCAUGAAGUCGAAUUAGGUUUGGUAAUUGACAAAUACAUCUCAAAUGCAGAAGCUAGUAAGUUCAAGGCAGAGGACGUUUACGAUUCAAUCAGCGGAGUGUUUUUGGCAUUGGAUUUGACUGCUCGUAACGUUCAGGACGAGGCCAAGAAGAAAGGUCUUCCAUGGUCCAUUGGUAAAGGGUUUGACUCAUUUCUGCCUGUAUCUCAUUUCAUCUCAAAGGAUCAAUUCAUCAACGAGAAGAAAAACAUACAAAACGCAUUUAGACUCAAGUGCAGUGUCAAUGGUACAUUAAGACAGGACGGUACGACCGAUCUGAUGCUUAAUCAUCUAAACAAGAUUAUUCAACACAUUUCCACAACCAUGUCUCUCGAGCCUGGUGAUUUGGUCCUGACGGGUACUCCAGCGGGUGUCGGAGAAUUGCAUCCUGGUGAUGCAAUCAGAUCUGAGUUGUAUUAUCAUGACACUAAAUUAGUUGACAUGGAAUUCAACUGCGAAGAGCGUCCAGGGCCUUAUGUGUAUAGGGAAACCUGA